AACCAACCAUCCAUCCAUCCAUCCAGGAAACCAGUCUGAGUCAUCGCGAUGCGUUUGGGGAAUUCGCCGAUUCGUUGGGGCAGUUGCGACAUCAACUGGCGGCAUCAGUAGCGGUGUGAACAGUGCGUAUGCACUUCCUGGAAACCUAUCUCCAGCCUGGAGGCACCACACUCCUCUAGCCGGACAAUUAUGAGCCGCCGUUAGAGCCGGGCUCACUUGCCACAUUUCAAUGAAGCAUGCAACUGCCUGCCACCUUAUCGGUUUUAGUUUCGGAGCUUUCUCAAGAGAAAUGCCAGUGGACGGAGGAACGACAUGGCUCGAGGUUUGCCUCGCAGGCUGCCGCAGAUCAAGUUGAUUGAAGUGCCUUCGAAGCGGAAUACAAACAUGCGAGGAGCUCAGGCUCAAGAACUUUUGAAAAACACCAAAAACUACAACGAGUAGAAAACUCCAAAAAACCUCUCCUGUAGGAAGUGCAAAUACAGCACAGUGUACUGAAGGGAUGCUACGAAAAUAUUGUCUUUUGGCCUCUCAUCGAGUCCUUCCAUCGCCCUAAAACUAAAACUGACAAUGGAGCCAACGUUUUGGCCAACACUCCAUUGGCCAGAGACGGAGACGGAGACGGAGAUACACAGGCCAUGGCCAAAAUACACACACUGAACACUGCCAAGUGCCCAAGUGCUCGACACGAGGAUGCUGCAUGGAUGUGGCAUGGAGGACGCCAGCUGGAGGACCGAAGCCCGAGGACGAGGAUCAAGAAUCGAGCCAAGAUGUGCCAAGUCAGCGUGAUCUGCGCAAAGUGACGAGUUUUUAAUGAAUUUGUUUAACUCAGGUCAGGCCCUGGCACCUAGUACGAGUGUAUCUGAACCUCGGAGACUGUGUUCAGUCUCCCUUAACAAUUCUGAUCCGCGACAUUGGUUUCAAAGUGAUUCCAUCACCAAACUUAUCCUAAAUAAAUAUCUCAUCCUUAAGGCAUUUCCCUUAAAAUUUUAAAAGGACACCUUAUCCCCACUUUAUAAUAGCUUCCCCGCUCUCCACUCCGCUCUCUUCCAUUAAGAAUUCUAGUUUCUUAAUGUGACGGAGCAAAUGUGCCGCAUUGAGCAUAAAAGUCAACGGGAGCACAAACAAAUCCAGAGCUCCACCAAGCCUCCCACCGAUUGGGGCUCUCCGCUCUCCAUAGAUCCCUAGGCUUAUUAAAAAUUGAGUGAAAGUGAAGCGAAUGAGUGACUUUACACAAAGCCUCUCUUAAAUGUUCGUGUAAAAUACACAAGAGUGUCAAUAAGAUGUAGAAAUACUAUAUCCAUCAGAUAGAUUCACUUCAAUAAUUGUUGGGUCAAUGGAAAUACUCUCGACUUCAGUUGGAAAAAUGAAUCAAAACUGCGUGCUCAUCUGGGUACUGGAAUUUUAUUUCUUCGGGUUUUUGCCAACCGACGGGUUAGCUAAAAAGCAAAUUGUAUUCUAUACAAUGGAGUGCACUUUAAAAACGAAACAGUUCUCCAAGAUCGUCUGCCAGGUGGACUCCCCAGUAUCUUUGACCGUGAAUGUCACCAUCGCUGAGAAAGAGCCAGCCAGCAAUGUCUUGGUCAUUAUUGAGUUGCAAGUCUUUCCCGAAGGACAUCGGAAAAUGAUGCGUUUGAAAAAUAUCCGUGUGGAGCUAUGCAACCUUAAGAAACUCAUCGAUAAGAAAUCCCUGAUGGGAAUCUAUUAUAAAAGUUUGCGAAGAGCAGCUGCCAAUUUUCCCGAAAAGUGUCCUUUUCAAAAGAACACCACUUAUUCCCUGAAGCGGCUACAGUUCGAUGGAAAUGACAUGCCACAGUACUUGCCGGAUUUUAAUUACACAUUUAAUGCCAAAUUUUAUUCCAACAAUGAACUAUGAAUUGAGGCCCAUGCCACAGGGGCCUUCUUCGAAAUCAAUAAUUUAAAAAAUAAUACUUCUAUUAAAACUAAAAAUUAAUCUUAUAAAAAAGAAGAAAGUGUAAUUACACUUCCGUCGGCAGUGCAAAAAUCCAGAGUCUUGAUAUUCCAAAGGAUAUAUAAACUUAAUACUUUAAUCAUUUUAUAUAUAAAAUAUACAUUUUAAAAUAUUUAGACC